UUCAAACUUAGAGCUGAACAUUAAUGAAUAGAAAAUGCAGGGACAGGGAGCGGACGGGCGGGGGAGGGUAGUCACGGGGAACUCUGACAUCCGGCUGAGUCCAGUGGCGAUGGGGAGGCGUUGGGGUUAGUGUUGUUGCAACAGGGGAGACAGACGGACAAACACACACGGGGGAGGGGGGGACACAGGGUUUGCAAAGUGUGGACUCCAGCCACCCAAAUCCAAACUGGCGGCAGAAGCCGAGAGCUCCGGUUCUGAUCACGGGAAUGGUUUCAUAAUGGACAUAUGGAUCUGUGCACAUGAGUUACUGACUUUGGAUAAACGUCUGUAAAAUUCAACUUGUACCAUUUCUUCAGUUUUGAAAGUGAUCUUUGCAAUUGCUUUGGACGGAACAAAAAUGGAGUCAAAAUCAGCUCACCCUAAUGUCAGUAUUCCCAGCUUUGAUGAACAUCGUGAGAAAAAAAAGCGAUACACUGUUUACAAAGUGCUGGUGACAGUUGGUAGGAAUGAAUGGUUCGUCUUGAGACGCUAUGCCGAAUUUGACAAAUUGUACAACACUCUUAAGAAGCAAUACCCUCAAUUUCCCCUGAAGCUUCCUGCGAAAAGAAUAUUUGGAGACAAUUUUGAUCCAGCAUUCAUUAAGCAAAGAAGAGCAGGAUUGAAUGAGUUCAUUCAGAAACUAGUAUCACAUCCAUCAUUAAGUCAACACCUUGAAGUUCGUGCAUUUCUUCAAAUGGAUAACCCAAAGAAUCAGUCAGAUCCAUCAGAAGAUGAAGAUGAAAAGCCUGGUCAUGUGCAUCAUUCUACCUCCGAAAGCAUUUAUCUUGGUGCCUCAGGAAAUCCCCAGGCUAUGCCAACAGACUUUACUUUCUUGAAGCUAAUUGGCAAGGGAAGCUUUGGCAAGGUUCUACUUGCGAAACAUAAAACUGAUGGGAAAUUUUACGCAAUUAAGGUCUUGCAUAAGAAAAUAAUCCUAAAGAAGAAAGAGCAAAGGCACAUUAUGGCUGAGCGAAAUGUGUUGUUGAAAAAUGUGAAACACCCCUUUCUGGUUGGGCUUCAUUAUUCAUUUCAAACCACAGACAAGCUGUACUUUGUCCUGGAUUUUAUUAAUGGUGGAGAGUUGUUUUUCCAUCUGCAAAGGGAACGUUGCUUCUCCGAAGACAGAGCCAGAUUCUAUGCCGCAGAAAUGGCUAGUGCCCUGGGAUAUUUGCAUUCACUCAACAUUGUUUACAGGGAUUUGAAACCAGAAAAUAUCCUUUUAGACUCUCAGGGGCACAUAGCUUUAACAGACUUUGGGCUUUGUAAGGAAGGAAUGGCUUGCACUGACACCACAUCUACUUUCUGCGGAACACCAGAGUACCUUGCACCAGAAGUGCUCAGAAAGCAACCUUAUGAUAACACAGUUGAUUGGUGGUGCCUUGGCUCUGUUCUAUUUGAAAUGCUGUAUGGCUUGCCUCCUUUCUACAGUCGUGAUACUGCUGAGAUGUAUGAAUAUAUCCUUCACAAGCCUUUGCAGCUGAGGCCUGGAGCAAGUGAUGAGGCCUGCUCUAUCCUGGAAGGAUUAUUGGAAAAAGAAAGGGAGAGAAGACUAGGAGCAAAAGAUGAUUUUGCUGAAAUCAAACGCCAUCCUUUUUUUGAUGUUAUCAAUUGGGAAGAUCUAGAUCGGAAGGAAAUUCCUCCACCAUUUAAUCCCAGUGUGGCUGGACCAGAAGAUCUACAAAAUUUCGAUCCAGAGUUUACAGAAGAACCAGUUCCUCAGUCUGUUUGUCGAUCUCCUGAUCGUUCAGUUGUAAAUGCUAGUGUUUUAGAAGCUGAUGAUGCAUUUAUUGGUUUUUCUUAUGCUCCACCUAUUGAAGAUUCAUUCUUAUAAUGGACAUUUUCAUUAAAUUUUUUGUUAAGUAACAAACUGCUCAGCAUGAAAUGAAAGCACUUGUGUGCUUUCUAACUUGCACCACAACUAUCUGCUUUCCUCAAACAGAGCCUGUAGUGAUUGGGUGGAUGUAUGGAACUAUUUAAAAAAAAAACUGUACAUUCUGUGUGCAACGUGUAAAUGAUACAAAUAUUCAACUGCUUCACUUGUUCCAAGUCUAAAAAUUCGAAAGUUAUGUAUUUUAAGGACAGUCUACUUAUCCAAGACUUUACUAAUUUCUGGAAUUCUGAUUAUGUGUUCUACUAUAUAUAAUUUAAAUAUUGUGGAAACAACUUAUCCCAUUACUGGAUAAUUAAGUUUGCCUAAGUAUGUUGUGAUAUUUCUGAAAGAAUUGAUGUCUUGUGGUCCAAAGAUAGUGAUGAAAUCACACUUCACAAUGUAAAACUGCUAAUGAUAUUUUAUAUAUUUUCACCUCAAAGCCAUCUAUUUUGAUCUGUGAAGAUCAUAUAUUGAUUUAGGUUAUAACUUAAUCUCUUUACUGGAAAUCCAACUGAAUUGUCACUAUAUAAAACUGCAAUUAUGAUAAAGACAUUACUUGAAUAAUGGAGGGAGAAUUGUGGCCACUCAGGUGAAAGAUGUGAAGAUUUUCUUUGGAGUUAUUUAACAUGUACUGGCCACCAAUGAUUGAUUGUGUCUGUUUUGUUUUAAAAACCUGUAUUGGAAAUAUACAAAUUUUGCAAACAGUACUUUAAUUAGAUGCAACUAAUACUUUUAUAAUUGCAUAUGUAUUUAACUCCACGUUGUGUGCAGGACAUGAGAUAUAUAUAUUAUAUAUAAAUAUAUAUAUAUGAGAGAUAACAGCAAAACUACUAAAUAGCACAUGUUCAAAUAUGU